AUGGCCACCUCCCUGGCCAUGAGGGUAGGGUUUCUGCUUUUCGGGAUCUACCAGGACGCAUAUAUGGAUCUUCCGUACACGGACAUAGACUACUUUGUCUUCACCGACGCUGCCAAAUUCGUGUUCAAUGGCCAAUCGCCUUACGCAAGAGACACAUACAGAUACACGCCGCUGUUGGCAUGGCUUCUUCUUCCAACCACUUACUGGUUCGAGUACGGAAAAGUCCUUUUCGUUCUCUGUGACCUCGUGACAGGGUACCUCGUCAUCAAACUUUUAGACAGGGCUAAAAAAAACAAAUCAUGGAGCAUCCUGUGGCUUUGGAACCCAGUGGUGGCCACAAUAAGUACCCGGGGAAGCUCAGAAAGUGUGUUGACCAUAGUGGUCAUGCUGGUCACGACAUUUUCUCUUAGCAGUCAAUAUGCUAUUGCAGGCCUGUUCCUGGGCUUGGCUGUCCACCUCAAAAUCUAUCCACUCAUAUACAUCCCAUCAAUCCUUCUGACCAUCGACAAAUCGCAGCCAUGGUACCGGCCUGUUACCAGAGCAAGAAUAGUCUUUGUGCUGACAACUGCACUUGGCUUUGGGGUUCUUACAGCUCUCAUGUACCACAUUUACGGUGACGAGUAUCUCCAGGAGGCAUAUUUGUACCACUUGAGUCGGUUAGACCAUCGCCAUAACUUUUCGGUUUACAAUUUGACGUUAUAUUUCUCGUCCUACCAGGGAUUUUCCUCGCUACCACUUUUCCAGAAGUACGGAGUCCACGUUGAAAAACUGGCCUUUCUCCCUCAAUUGGGUCUUUCAAUGGUGCUCAUACCUUUAAAGCUAGCCAAUAUCGACCUAGUUGGCUGCUUCUUUGUCCAAACGUUUGCAUUCAUCACCUUCAACAAAGUGAUCACGUCGCAGUAUUUCAUCUGGUGUUUGUGCUUUUUGCCGAUCUACACGGCCAAUUCGACCAUUAAUAUUACUAAGACUGCUUUCCUGCUUGUGGCAUGGAUUGCAACCCAGGCGCUAUGGCUCUGGAACGCUUACCAACUGGAAUUCCUAGGUAAACCGGACAUUUUCACUACAGGCAUCUGGGUCAGCAGCUGUUUGUUCUUUGUCUGCAAUUGCGUGCUCCUUAUUGCCUUUGCCGACGACCUGAGUGCCCAAAAGCGAGCUCAGCUGCAGAAAAAGAAGCAUUGA